GCAUUGGCUGCCCAGACCUGUGGCUGCAGCUAUUACCUGUGACCAGAGACCAUUUCUAGGUAAGAACUAUUUUAAUAAUAUUAUCUUUAUAUAAUAAAAGCUGCAGUUUUGCAACAAGUGCAAAGUUACUGCUGUUAAAACGGGUGGAGAGAUAUUAAUGUCUUCGCUAUUUACUAAAAAUGUGAAUUGUUGGGAAGUCAAAGUGAUUUUCAAUUUUUUGGGCAAAAUAGACAAAUAGUUUCUCACGGCCAACUAGAUUUUCAGUCUGUUUUCGUCUAAUUUUUUUAAAUAACUUUGCUUUUCUGUAAAUUGACAUUUUUGUGAAUGUCGGUUGUCUCUUAAGUGAGAUUUGUUUUAGAAUUUAAAGUGAAUCCACAGUAAAUUGGAAAUUUCACUGGUCUAGAUUAUAAUUUCACUUAAUAGCUGGACUGGAAAAAAAGUCUCCAAGACAGAUAUGCUUCCAGUUUCAGCAAAUUUGUAUUAAAUUUGAAACUCCCUUCUGGUUGUGUUACUAAGGCUCAGUGAAAAGCAUACUAGCCAUUUUUAUUUAUUUAUUUUUACCUGGUCAUACAUUCUAAAUAGAGAAUGAGCUAACAAAUCAUGUUGCACACAAACCGCCCGAAUUAGCAUGUUCAUCUGUUUUGGGCUUAACCCUUCGAGUGCCAGGGUUGUGUUCAACACAUUGCUUUGUAGAAUGAUGAGCUCACCUCCGGUACGGAAAUGGUUACAGGUCUAGGUCAAUGUGAGUGAUGCCCUGCAGCAUAUACAUAUCGUUCUUGACUACUAAACGUUAAUUAUUUAAUAGAGUCUGAGAUUUUAGUUUUUUGGGAUGGUAUAUUAUAUGUGGUUGCUGUAUCAUGAUUAAGUUAUGUUUGGUUGCUAUAUAAAUUAUAAUCUAGACCAGGCAUAGGCAACCUUCGGCACUCCAGGUGUUUUGGAUUACACCUCCGUUGAUGCUUUGCGAGCAUUAUGGGGGACGUAGUCCACAACAUCUGGAGUGCCAAAGGUUGCCUAUCCCUGAUCUAGAAGGUGACUUGACAUCACCUUGGGAACUGUACUUAGGGGGAAGCAUACCUGCUACUUUCAUAACUAUGGGCAAUUGGCACACACCUGGCAAUUUAUGUUAAUGCGAAUAGGUCUACAUAAUGCUGGGGUUAAUGGACUUUCCUUGGCUGGUGGGAUGGCAGAAUAUGGAUCAAGGUCCACGAGUCCUUGGACACAAGCUGAUAGCAGAGCAUAUGUAGUUCUCCCCUCAUUAGUAAAGUCCUAGGGACCCUCACACUAACCCCUUCCCUUCAGAGACAUAGGAUAUGGUGAGAGCAGAUCUUUAAGGUCAAAAUACCAAAAUCUGAAAUAUUUACAGUGGGCUAUGCUUCCAUUUUUGCUAUUUUGGUCUUAAAUUUGAAAUGCACUUCAAUUCCUUAAAAUUCUCACUUUAGUUAAUAGCCCUGUUAGUGUUCAAUGGUAACUAAUGCAGCCAUUCGUACUUCAAGGUAAUGUUCAGUUUCUCUCCAUCAUAGGAUAUAGAUCUAACGCUCUUAAAGCUGCUUCAGAACCUGACAAAUUCAGGGGUAAUUCGCUUACAAUACAGUUGAUGUUAAGUAGGCCAACUGCAAUAAUUAUUGAGAUUUAGCUUUUAGAAAAAGACAAAUGCAAAUGAAUUAUGCAAAUUCAGGGACAAUAGCUAGAUUACCAAACAAACUAAAUUAAGUGAAUAAUCAAACAGGGGGUGGGGGCGUUUCUGCUAGUUCACUUACAUUUUCAGCUGAACUGUUUUUUACGGACUAAGCGAAUAAUACUAAAUUGAAAACAGAUCUGUGAAAAUUAGACAGCAACAGUAGAUUUUAGCAAUCCAGUUUAGUGAAUAAACCCCUUAUUGGUUCAGCUGGCUGUGCACAAAUAAAGCAGUUUGCAUAUUCUCUUACAUUCUAUUCUGCUUCACGUAAAUGCGAUUGACGAAGCGACUGCUUGAUGAUUUAAUCAAAUUCAUAUUCAGAGGAAAGCUACCUUAAAUGUAGAUUAAUGUGUCAAAGUUAGGGUGAUAGAGAAGAUCCUGGCUGUUCCCUUAUUUUUAUACGCAAUGCAGUGUCAGUUCAGUGUAAUUCAAUUUCAUCUAAAGAAUAUGUUCCGCCUAAGAAAAUAUAUUCAAUGUAUACCAUAUUUUAUCUAUUAAUCUGUCAAUGUACACACUGCGUGCAUUUACUUUAGGGAGAAGAUAAAUGUCUGCUUUAAAGUUGUUUUUAUCGUGACUAGGCAGAUUACUGCUGCUUGAGUGAAUUAAUUUAUUCUAACCCUAUGUUACAGCUAUAUAAAAUAAUUGAUCAGGUUAUAAAUCGUCAUGUUUCUUUUCUACCAGCGAUUAAAAUAUGCUCUACCUGCCACCCACAUAAUAUAUUGAUGGCAAGUUCACCUAUAUGGAAUUUAUACACUGUGUUGAAUUUAACCAGUAAAUCAACAGAAAUAUAUAUUAAAAAAAAUACAGACUGAUACCAUGUAACCAUUAAAAUGACUUUAGCUUUUGCUAGUUCUUAGUCUUGUCCUGCAGUAUACAUUUUAUUAUCCAUACAUUAUGAUCCAUUUUAAAAGGACAUCUAACAACUUGAGCUGAGUGAAGCCGUUUUAGGGUAGAGAUCAUGCCUCUGCAGUCUCACUGCUCAAUUCUCUGCCAUUUAGGAGUUAAAUCACUUUUGUUUCUGUUUUUGCAGCCCUAGCCACACACACCCUGGCUGUGACGCACACAGCCUGCAUGAAAACAAAAUGGUUUAAUGUUCAAUCAUAUGUCAACUUACUUUAGAAAUUUUUAUCGCCUUCUCUGUAAAUUGAACUUUAAUCGCACACAGGAGGCUCUUGCAAUGUCUAGAAGGCUGUUAACAGAACAGGAGAUAAGAAUAAAUUCUAAAUUAAACCGACUGUGCAAUAAAGGAAACGUAAACACAAGAUCUCUUUGUGGUAAGUGUUUAAGAAAGCUGUGUCACAUGCAGGGAGGUGUGGCUGAAGCUGUAUAAACAAAGUGAUUUAAUUCCUAAAUGGCAGAGAAUGGAGCAGUUACAUUGCAGUGGCAUUAUCUAUACAUCACAACUCUCUAUGAAAGUUGUUUUGGUGCUUCUAGUGUUCUGUUUAAUGGUAUUUAUUUUAUUGACAUUGAAAAGGAUAACAAAGGUAAACUUGGCAACUACAAUCAGCAGGCAUAUAUAAAUGCAUCUAGAGCACUAACCACUAAGCUAUCUCAUUAGCAUAAUGGCCAAGUGGUGAAUAAUUAAAGAGGUAAAACAAAAAUAUAUAUCAAGGAAUUAGGUUUUAAAUUUGCAUUAAGUAAGAAUGUGGAUUAAACAAUGUAUCAGUGUAAUUAUAUUCCCUCUAAAGUGACACGGAGUCAGUUUUCCAUGGUAGGUGCAAUUUAAUACAGUCUUCUAGCAUUCCAUGUGGGAGAUGGUUCGAAGGAAAGAGGCCUAGAUAUAUACUUGCUGCUAAUAGACAUGUGCAGUUUGUUUCGGUCUGACUUUAAAUACGCACAAAUUCCAGCAAUUCGGACAUUCAAAAGUGGCAAAACAGGAUAGGGAGGGAAAAUUAAGGGAAUGAUGACCGGAAUCGAACCCUAACUGUUUAGGGGAUAAUUGGGGCAAGCUUCGUUCAGGGGAACAUCCAUUUUCUCAUAUACCAGAGGAAGCCAGAUGUGGCAAGGUGCUCCGGGGGCUCAGGCAAGUUGCAAAAUCAUUCUUAAACAGCUUGCUAAUUUACUCUGGGAGUGUGGCAUGGCACACUGGGCACCAUAACCACUACAUCAGGCUAUAGUGGUUAUGAUACUUGAAGUGUACUUCUUUACUGUUCCUGCUAAUUCCGCUGGUUUCCAUGGGGAUUGUUCCACCUUUAUAACUCUGGCUGAUGAUAGCUACCUGUGUACAUAUUAUCGAUUGUUCCAUUGAUAGAAAGCAUCUAAAAGCAUACAAUGUAGCUUAGUCAUAUAACAGCGAUUCUUUUCCAUUUAUAGAGAUUUUCUAGUUCUCGUCUAUGAGCACAGAUCACGGAUGUGCAUAUCUUUUAUCCAGGAAUACAUUUAAGUGAAAUUAACCAGUGAAAUGUCAAGAGAAAACAGCAUGCAACUAUUAACGUACCCCGAAAGGUAUGUGCCCUUUGCGUAUCUGCUGGGUCAAUAAUUCUACACACUUUAAACAUCUUCACAAACCCAUAACUAGUUGUCUCACAGUCUGUACUAAAUUUAUAUCUCCGGAGAAUGUAGGCACAUCAUUUUGUGAGGUGUCCUCUACACCCAACUCUAUAAAAGUAAAAUCUGUGGAUAGAAAGUGAAGUGAAAGUGCUGUGGGUAAUAUCUGUAUAGUGUAGGGUGUGAAUUAUGCAUUCAUGGUGUGACUGUAGAGUGUGAGGUAACAGUGUUGUAUGUAAGGUGUGACAGAUUGUAAGCUACGUAUGUGAUAUGUAGGAAGUGAUUGUAGAGUGUAAGCCAUGAGUGCUGUAUGUAGGGUGUGACUGUAGAGUGUAAGGUAUGAUUGUUGUAUGUAGGGUUUGACUAAGUGUAAGCCAUGAGCGCUGUAUGUAGGGUAAACGUUAGAUUGAAGGGUGAAGAGGAUUUUUUGUUUGGAGGUAAGAAUUUUUGUGUGAUGCCAGUAGUUUUUGUAAAAUUGUUUACUUUGCAUCAGAAUAUCAUGGAAUUUUUGGGGGCCUAUUUUGGUGGCUGGAGAAAGAUAAUUUAAGUAAAGACAUUGACCGGUAAGUAUUAUUGUUUUUUUUUUUUUUAAUAUAUUUUAGAGAUAUUUGGACCUCCUCUGGCUAUUUAAUGUUUCUGUGAGUACACGUGAGGGACUAGGUAAGGACAUUUAUUGGGUGUUGACUAGGGACUUGGAGACACCUGGAGACCUAAUGGGACUAAUAGCAUGGCUAGGAGACUGGUUGUUUCCUGGCCCCUUUUCUAUUAAAAAGGUUAACCCAUCUAUGGGACAUAACAGGUUUGGGGUCAGGAGACUGGGCAUCUCCUGGUCCCAUUUGGCCAAUGAGACUUGGCAUUUCCUGGCCCCUAUUGUCUAAGAGUUAACACUCUUACAGGAGACUAGGAAUCGCAAGGCCCCAUUUGGAUGAUUUAGAGGACUAAUUUGUUGAGAUGAUAAAUUAUCCUUCAUCUCGCGGUCCUUGGGGUGAAUAAAGGUGUCCGGACCACCCUAUAGGACCCUACAAAAUAUUAUUGGGUUCUCGGGGACUCCACUUUUUAGAAAAAAAAACUUUUUUCUUUUUUCUUUUUUUAAUGUGUUAAUAUGUUAAUGAGCCAUUUAGUAUGGAAGGAGAGAAAAGUGCAUCGCUCAGCUCCUCCCUGUGGCACUGAAAGUGUUAACGUGAACUUUGUCCUAGUGGAGUAUUGCGUAUGUAGUUAAAACUUGCAUGCGCCUUUUUCCCACUUUGCAAAACAGUAAAUGUUAUGUUGUGGUCGGUAUCAGGUAAAGUAGAUGUUAAUGGCUAGCAGGCAUUAAAAGCAGGGGUAAAACCUGUGAGUCCUUUAUGGAAGCAAUUAUCUACCGGCUGUUACAAAUAACAAUUGCUUACAGCAAAUAUUUACCGACAAUGGGCUCAAUUAAUAUUUUUUUUUUUUUAAUGCAUUUUAAAAAAAUGAUUUAAUAUUUUUGAAAAUAUUAAACUAUUUUAAAGGUUUAUCAAAAAUAUUAACGGGACACUAUAGCAUUGGCAAUACAAACCUUUAUUCCUAACGUUACAGUGCCCUUGUCCCUAGUUAUACAUAGAUUCUCUCACCCUUUGCCAAUACAUUUUAUAAAAUUAAGCUUUAUACUACUUUUUUUCCCACAUUGCGACUCCCUCUGCACUGCUCAACUCUCCACCUCCUGUGAUAUCAUGGAGUAGGCAUGGCCUCCUUCGGCCAUGGACCAAUCCAACACUCCCCAUAGAGGACCAGUGGGGAUCCCAUGCACAUGUGCAGCGAGCACUGCGCGCAUCCAAUGCUUAAUAGGAAAACAUUGAAUCCAUUGCUUUCCUGUGAGCUUCUGCGUCACGUGACCAAAUUGUACUUGUCCAGUGCAUUGACAGAGCCUCCCGAAGACAGGCAUUAGAGGUGGGUUUUAUCCUGCAAAGUAAACAUUCCUGUUUCUUAAAUAUAUAUAUAUAAUUUUUUUUUUAAUUUUUUUUUUUAUAAAAGCAGUGUUUUACAUUUUAAGGGUUAAAAUUACAAGCACUGCACCCAGUGAGAAGAAAUGGUCUGGGUGACUAUAGUGGUCCUUUUAAAUCCUUUGAAAAACUCUUCCAAAAAUAUUGUGUGGUUUAAGGGAACUCUCUAUACUUACGUUUUCUCUUAACAUUAUUAAUGUAAAUGUGAUCAUGUUAAUAGAAGGAAAAAAAAAGUGCUAUCCCAAUCCAUGUAAUAAAUGGUAUUAAAGCAAAACGAAUUACUGAAUUAUUCUGCCAUAAUUACAUAAAUGUACUUCAUUUUACUGGAAACUGAUGGUACCUUAGUGCCAAGUCUUUAUCAUAAAAUACAUUCUUUAACUGCUUCCAUCAAAUAAGGCAUUUUCUGAUAAAUAACCGUUUCAAUGACAGGGGACAAUCCUUCCUGCCAGCAAUCCCUACAGCUCGAGUCGAGGUAAUAGAAGACCGGAUAUUUAAUCAGGAGAAGACCACUACGAUUCUUUUAGACCAGGCCUUCAAGAUUAAAGAUGAUGUUUCCAAAUUGCGUGGCAUGCGUGGCCAGCAGUGGGAUACCAUGGCUCAGAGAUUUCUUGAAAACCACAUGCAGACCGUCACAGAGAUCGUUAAGCAACUCAGCAGAGAUAUCGAGGUAACGGAACAUGUGGAAUAUAAAGUAAUUUUCUGAAGUCUUCUGUACUCUUCCUUAUUUCUGUCUCUGUUUCUCAAUUUUUCCUUUCUCUCUGUCCCUCCCCCAUCUUAGUAUGGCUGCUGUUGGGAUGGAGGUACAUGGGCAAGCAAUGUUUUAUGCAAGACUGCCAAUUGGUGUACUCCUGCCGCUAUCUGACGAUAAAUAAAGAUGAUUAAUAAUAAAAAUUCAAAAAAAUAUAUAUUUUUUUUUUUAAAUGGGCAGGAAUUGUAUCAACGUUGAGAGAUCUGACCUGAGUUUCAUAGAUCUGUAAAUGGGGCACAAUUUAGAUCUCCUUAACAUUUCUGGUUUUGUAAAUCUAAAAAAUUUGAAAUGGCAAAAUUCUAUACUGUAAUUAUAGACAAAUAUGGAACAAGUCUGAUAAUGUGUAUGUAACAAGUGAACAGAAGUGUGUGUAUCUUAUACUGGUUGGGAAAAAAUUAUUUUAUAGAUAUCAUUGAAAUACUCACCACACAACAAUCCGGUAUGAUGGUGGUGUGUCAAAACAAAAAGGCAACGUUUAGACACACUAGAUGUCUUCCUCAGUCCAUAAAGAUAUGCGCCGUGAUUCCUUGGUAAUUAUUAACAAUGUGCAAAUGGUGAAACAUUCUGAGAAUAUCCAAAAGUUUGCACAGAUCUCCCCACAUCAUAGGCUACGCAGUGAGGGUAGGUUAUUGUAGUGCUGACAGUGUCUCUUUAAUCAGAAAGGCAGUGUAAUAUGGUGCUGCAACAUGUCUCACUCCUACCCAGGGAACAUGAGGGGAUCUAGAGAAGCCACAGAUUAGCAGCAAAAAGGCUAAAUAUACUAUAUUGAACAGAAAACUUUCACCCAAACUCCGGCCCUCCAGAUAUUGCUAAACUACAACUCCCAUGAUUCUCAACCUAUCUAUUUCAUUCAUAAAAUCAUGGGAGUUGUAGUUCAGCAACAUCUGGAGGGCCGGAGUUUGAGGAAGUCUGUUCUAGAGCUAAAAGUUGCGGGCAUGUAGAUCUGUCUUCUACACAGUGAUACGCUUCUCUGACUUCUUCAUUAUCUUUUUAAACAGAGGGGAUAUACAGAGAUCAGAUUUAAAAGUACAGGAUGAGAGAAGACACACCUUUCUGUACCCUGACAAUGCCCUUCUUAAUGCCAAGGCAAAGCACAGUCAAUGCGUGGGCCAUGUAACUUUGCUGCCCAGAAUGCAGUUAAACUUCCAUGAUAUCCUGACCUAACUCAAGCUGUGAUUCUUUUUGAUUAUGUCGUUUGGGACAUUAUAAUUCUAAGGUCAUUGAUUAGAAACCUGCUAGGACAUUCACCUUCAGAUGUGGUCAGUCACCCCCAUCAGAAAAAAGGUAAAAUAAAAUAAAAUAAACUUUGCAGAGUGUAUAUCUGGGUAUUCUUGUAUCACCUUUUGGGUGACAUCAUCACUCAUUCGGCUAGGACAUCCAUCAGCUGUCAAUUAACUCGGUCCAAAGUUAACUAUGUUAAAGGACCACUAUAGUGCCAGGAAAACAUACUUGUUUUCCUGGCACUAUAGUGCCCUGAGGGUGCCCCCACCCUCAGGGACCCCCUCCCGCCCGGCUCUGGAAGGGGAAAAGGGGUAAAAACUUACCUUUUUCCAGCGCUGGGCGGGAGCUCUCCUCCUCCUCUCCGCCUCCGAUCCGCCCCGUCAGCUGAAUGCGCACGCGUGGCAAGAGCUGCGCGCGCAUUCAGCCGGUCGCAUAGGAAAGCAUUUACAAUGCUUUCCUAUGGACGCUUGCGUGCUCUCAAUGUGAUUUUCACAGUGAGAAGCACGCAAGCGCCUCUAGCGGCUGUCAAUGAGACAGCCGCUAGAGGCUUUGGAGGAAGGCUUAAACCAUUUUUAAACAUAGCAGUUUCUCUGAAACUGCUAUGUUUAUUAAAAAAAAAAAGGGUUAACCCUAGCUGGACCUGGCACCCAGACGACUUCAUUAAGCUGAAGUGGUCUGGGUGCCUAGAGUGGUCCUUUAACUUGUUAUCGUUUCUUUUGGUCUUCCUGCCAUUGCAUAGAUUUUGUUAAUUUUAGAGAAGGAAGUGAAAUAAAUGCUUUAUAUUGCGUUCCAUUCUGUCAUUGUAGUUUUGCAAUAAAAACAUUUUUAAUAACAAUAAGUCCGCUUGUUUUUCAAAUUGUAAACUGAGGAGUUGAGAUUUGUUUUCUUUUGAAUCCAUUUGUAAAGUAGUUGUAGUGACCAAGACUUGAAUCUAAAUACUAUCUCCAAAAUAGGAAAUGCAGUAUAGAUACGUGUUACCAGUCCUUAUAAUGGGGAAAUUAACGUGGUUCCAUACAUAGAGAGGCCGAUUGCAAAAGAGUCAGGAUCAAUCAGAGGUCAACUGAUUGCACAAUAUGCAGAAUCAAUCAAUCAAGAUGGAUGAAGGUGGCAAAAAGAAAAACCAAGAAACAGAGAACAUGGGAGCAAGCCAGGUCAAAUACCAAAACAAAAAUAGACAGAAUGAAGAAUGUACUAUUGGGAAUGCCAGGAGCAAAACCAGAGCAAUGACCUGGGCAUCUGAAUGGUUGAUCAUUCCAGUAUGCCCAGAACAUGUACAUCAGAGCCGAGAAAAGUUGCGUCAUUUUCUCUUAGAUUCUGUUGGGAAUAAAAGAGCAUGGUAUAACUACUUCUUGUUUCCGUAUUGUUGACCUUACGAUGCAAUACACCAAGGUAGCCAGGCACUGCCCACAGCCAGGGGUAAAGUUACACAAUUUUCCAAUAACUAUGUCUGCAAAAACAUCCCGGAGGCUGCGCCUAAUGAUUAGCCAAAUUGUCACCUGGUUAACUCUCUCACAUAUUAAUGCGUUUAGUGAGCCUUUUAAGUUUAAAAAAAAAACAAAAACAAUUAAAUCUGAACUAUAUCUGCAUUAACCUGGUUACAAAUGUGAAAAUAUGUAGAUGUAUUUUUUUGGUAACCCUGAGCCUCUAAUAGACUAGAAAUGUAUCAAUUAUUUAAAAUAGAAAGCAUUGUGGAAUCUGUUGGCACUGUAUAAAUAGGGGACAAGCAAUGCACUCAAAUCAGAAGGUAAUAGAAUUUGGAAAUUCUAAUUUUUGAUGUUAAGAAGAGACGUAUUAGGAUGUGCAGCAAUGCAUGGAAAUAUCUCCUCGAGUAUUUUCUGUCCAAUCAAUACCAAUCAAAGCAGUCUCUUUUCUACUACAUCCCACGCAUCCUGAGACAGGAUUGAACAAAUACAUUUAUUUCAGAAACAAACAAAGCUUCUGAAAUGUGUUAAGGAAGGUUUUUUUUUUUUUUUUGUUUUUGUUUUUAAAUAUAAAAUGUAUGGUCUACCAUCACUAUUUUUAUUUUUUUUACCCAAAAAUAUUCAUCAGUGAAAUGCCUGAAUACUGGAAUCUUCGAGAUGGGUACUAAAUUCCAUGAAGAGUCAGGAAGGUUUUGGAUUCGAUAUCAUAAGACAAAGUAGGGGAUACUCGGUAAUUUUGGUGUGAUUGACAAAAUGUGAGAAAAGGCAUUGAUGCCUUGUCAAGUUUUGUUUUUCCCAACCACCACUAGCCAGAGCUGAAAGGAAAAAGUAUCUGUCUGUGGAGAUCCCGUGGAGGACUGCAAUAGAGUGCAGAACUGAUGUGGGCCCCUGGCAUCUGAACCAUCCGGAAUUGAAGAGGACCAGCAGGAAGACCAUGGCGAUGGCUGCGAGGGACAGGUUUAGGUAAGUAUAGCUCAGCUUCCCCUGCAAGCCACGGUCACCGGACACCCAGUGGAGCAGUCCCAACACAACAGAGCCGCUUUAAAAUGGUAGUACAGAGAUCCCAAAGGGUCAAUGAAUUGACCAGGGUUAUCAGCCAAUAAAUAUGUGAAAAUAUUUAUAGAUUCAAAAAACAAAAAAAGCUACACUGAGUAGUAUAAAAUUGUGUAUCUAUAUAUAAAUAAUAUUUAUAAACCAACUCCUGUAAUCAGUUUUAGUGGUGGUUAAAAAAAAUAAAAAUAAAAAAAUUAUAUAUUCGUAUAAGUCAACAUUACACUCACAAGGACUUAUUAUCUACCUCUAGUAAGACACAUUCACAAACGCAGAGUCUCUUCUGGCUGUAGACAUAAGCAUACUAAAAAUAUUCCCUAAUUUUAGCACCUUCUGGCCUUGCCCAAUGGGAGUGCUAGCUGUUCUUGAUAGUAAUUUUCUUAUGAGACAGAGAUGUAAAUAAGUACAAGUUAACAAAUUAUUUAAUAGAGCACUCAAAUGUUUUAAUUACAACUUGCAUUAACAUGCUCAAAAAUAUGUAAAAGCUUGUAGACCCAAAAUCUUCACGGCAGCCUUCUGCUCAGUCUGUCUGACUUGUUCCAUCCCCCUGACUUUUCACAGAAUAUGGGAUUCUGACAAUCUUGUCUACAUCUGUCUCUUAUUGUGUUCAAAUGCAUGUUGUCUUUAACACCAUCUUCCCUAAAUAUAAUUAUUUUAGAAAAUCUCAUUUAAAAGUAUGACACGAUUUUUUUCUAUACAUAAACAAAAGAUUAUCACCAAAAUCUCAAAUAAAAAGUAUCACAAUAUCAUUUAACAUAUUUUGUUUCUCAUCAGAGGGUUGGUUGACAAGUAAUUGGAGUUGUAUUACAGAUUUAUACUAAAGUUGUUAUAUUUUCUUGUAAUUUACAGAACGCUCUAACGUUAGAGUUUAUUUAGGUUAAUGCCCCCUUAAAUAAUAAAAAGUAACUUUAUUACUCCACUUCUUUCUUCUUCUUCUCCCCACCCCCCAGUCUCACACCAGCCGCCACUCUUACUUGGCUGAGACCAUCAAUGCUCUGCCAAUGCAAAACUAUCCCAUGGGGGCCCUUUGGGGACUAGUACUCAUGCUACUCCAAACAGCAUCUCCUCAUAGAAAUACACUGACUUAAUGCAUCUCUAUGGGGAGAGUUUGACAAACGUUAGUCCAACAAUCUUUGCAGGACUACAACCAGGAAGUCCCUCUGGUGGCUAUCUGAGUGACAGCCAUUACAAAUGGUGUUAGGCAGUUCUCUGAAAAUCUAGUGAUUUACAGAGACUGUUAUUAAAACACUGUACAAAAGUUGUUGGCAUAUAUUAAUAUACAUACUUUAUUAUAUGCAUUACACCCUUCUUUACUUUAGAUUUUUCAAUUCAUUUGGUGAUCACAUUGAAGAUUAACCAUUGGGUUGGGUUACUGUUAUAUUUAUAAUUUAUUAUUUAUUUAAAGUGCCUAACCUUUGCAAAUUUAAUGUCAAGGAUUGAAAUUUUUAUGGAAAAGUAUCAUAAUCGUAUGCAAUCUGUAUUAACGUACAAAACAAUAAUUGGUACAAACAAUAAGAAUAUGAAUUAAUAAAUCGUCAAAGGAUGAUCGAUAAAAGUAUUUUUCUGGAAAAAAAUGUGGAUUGGUCAUGUUGGACUUUGCAUUGUCCAUUUCUCACUGAAUUCCACUGUAUUGUUGUCUAGUAUAUAUUUUUGUUUGCUUGCAAUUUUCUGUUUUUUAUUUAUAAUAUUUUGAUGUAUGUUUGACUAUUUUACACACGAUUACCAUUAUUUUGGAGAGGUUUGACGAAGUUUGGGUUUGGCAUAUACUACCUGUGACCAAGUGCCCUUCGCCACUUGUGCCUGGAGGGGACUACUGACUAGCCUCCUGUCUUCCGACUAUGGCCCCUGUGUUGAUAGCUGUAUUUUACCCUGCAGAAAGGUUUAUUUGUGAAUUUCUGCCGGGGAAUUCGGGACUUUCAGUAUGUGAGUAGUGCUACCCAGAUAGCUAUGCCAUGUAGCGUAUUCGUGUAAUGAAAGACUAUGGAAAAGACUUUGGCUCCAUGGCGAUUGAACUGUAUGUAUGGGAUCUGAGCGCCAUUCGGUAAUAAUGUGCGCUCAGAUCUAAGCUAUCUGGGGAUAUGUUUUAUGUAGUAAUUGUAACAUUGUGUAAUUUUAUGUAUAUUUGUAACCAUGUGGUUAAUGGAGUUUUGCCUCUGUCCUGGGAGAUAAUUUGAUUACUUCCCAAUUAUCUCCAGGAUAGAGAGGAGGGAUUGUGAUGUUACUGUGGGAGUGUUUUGUUUGUAUUGUCUGUGAUUGGCUAAUAUCCAAUAUGUGUUCCAUCAGGUCCCCUAGGGGCGUGUCUACCUGGUGGACACUUGCAUAAAUACCGGGCAGGUAGCCCUCAAUAAACCAGACCUACUUGCACCUUUCUUGAAGCCUUGGGUCAUGCUUGGGGGAAUGGAUACCUACACUCUGGGGAUUGCUAUAAUCACUUACUUCCCAGAGUAAGCUCUUAUAAGAACUUGAUUUGUUCCUGCUACGCACUCUGGAUUUAAGAGAGGUUCACCCACUGGGAGCUGGAUCCUGGUCAUGGAUCCAGGGUGGGUGAAAGACGGCGAGACCCCUGCGCAGCUGCAUCGCUGGAAGUGGGGUCCGCAGUUCUGAUGGUGUUGGUUGGAGUGCUCUGAGUCCUCGGCAAGCGCUAGGAGCAUCAAUUGGCGGAGGUACUCAGUUGGAGUGCCAGCGGUCCGUCACACUACCUAUAGAUUCAUAUUGCAUCUAUCAAUAUUUUGUACAUCUUGCAUGCAGUAAUUUGAUGGUUUACUUAAUAUUGUGCUUAAUAAGAUUUGUACAUUUUAAAAUGUAUUUGUUUCUUAUAAAUUGUAGGAAAUUGAUGUUCAGUUUGGGAGUGGCUGUGGAUUGCGACAUUGCUGUCAAUAACGUUUUAUUAAGCAGAGUUUUCAUCACUUAAUCACAGAGAUUUCUGGGAAUGUCCGGUCAUGUUGUACAGAUCAUAUUGAUGGAAGCUGCAUACUAAUAAUGUCAUAGGUCCCGACUCCAGCAGCCUCCAUCUGUCAAUCCCAGGGCCGGCCUUAGGCAAUUAGGCGCCCUGUGCAAAAAGUCUUCACGGCGCCCCCCCCACCUCCCACCAAGUUGCCUGAAUACAGUAACACACACAGGCACCGGGGACGUGUGUAUCACGAGGCAAACAAGGCAUCUGCCUUGGGCGCCACUUUGCAGGGGGCGGCAAAAAAAAGCAUCCCUCCAAACCCCCAGGCAGAUCCCUUGCUUGCCUCGCAUCCUGGGGGGCUCAAGAGCUGACCGGCUGGCCACUUUUGAGCCCCCCCAAGGCUGGCAGCGGGCAGCGAAGGAGCAUACUCACCUGAGCUCUUCCUGCUCAGCUUCCUCUGCGCCGCUUAAUGAAGCCGGGAGCCAGAAUAUGACGUCAGUCCGGCUCCCGGCAUCACUAAGCGCUGCUUACUCAGCCUGUGCGCCCCCUGCCUGCCUGCCCAGCAGCCACACUGGACUGCUGGUAAGAAAUCCACUCCAGCUUUCCCAGGGAGGCUGGGUGGAUUUAAAAUAAAUGUAAAAAAUAUUAGUUUGUGAGUGUUAGUGGAAAUGUCUGUGUGUGUGUCUGUGAGUGUUUAUUUUGAAGUGAAUGUGUGUGUGUGUGUGUGUGUGUGUCUGUAAGUGUGUAAUUGUGUGUGUCUGUAAGUGAAUGUGUGUGUGUCUGUGAGUGAAUGUGUGUGUUGGUCAGUGAGUGUAUAUGUGUCAGUCAGUGAGUGUGUAUGUGUCAGUCAGUGAGUGUGUAUGUGUCGCCAGUGAGUGUGUAUGUGUCGCCAGUGAGUGUGUAUGUGUCGUCAGUGAGUGUGCGUCUGUCAGUGAGUGAGCGUCUGUCAGUCAAAGUGCGGCCUUGACAGGAAGGGGUGGGGGAAAUUUAAACUCGGUUACAGGCAUGUACACACACACUCAGUUAAAGGCAGUCACACAUACAGGCACAGGCACAAACAAUGGCACAGCUACAGCGACACACACAGACAGACAGUCACAUAGGCAGUCACACACACACACACAGACACACAGUAACACACACAUAGACAGUUAUACACACACAGGCAGGCAGUCACACAGAUAGAAAGUCACACACACAGGCAGGCAGUCACACAGAUAGAAAGUCACACACACAGGCAGGCAGUCACACACAGACAGAUAGUUACAGACAGACACACACAGGCAGGCAGGCAGUCACACACACAGGCAGUCACACACACAGACAGACAGUCACACACACAGUCACACAGACAGACAGUCUCACACACACGGGCAGUCACACAGACAGACAGUCACACAGACAGACAGUCACACAGACAGGCAGUCACAUACACGGGCAGUCACAUACACGGGCAGUCACAUACACGGGCAGUCACAUACAUGGGCAGUCACACAGACAGACAGUCACACACACAGACAGUCACACACAGGCAGGCAGUCACACACAGAGACAGUCACACACACACACAGAGACAGACAGUCACACACACACACACACACAAGGACAGGCAGUCACACAGACAGACAGUCACACACACACACACAGACAGUCACACAAACAGGCAAACAGUCACACACACACACUUACCUCUUUCCAGUGGAUGCAGUUGGCUGAUGGGGAAGCAUCUUUCCCUCUUCCUGUACAGCAGGGGCUUCGGGAGGUAUUAGCCCCGUCUCCGCCUCUCGAUAAGCCCCGCCUCCACCGCUCGGUAAACCCCGCCCCCUCUGCCGCGAUUUUUUUUUUUUUUUUUUUUUUUAAAUAGACCCGGGUGGAGAACAAUUAAUCCUCCAGCCAGGUACCUCUUUUAGCUCCCCUGCCCUCCGGCCAUGAGUGAGCUGUGUCGGCCACAGGGCGCCCCCUGUUCCAUGGCGCCCUGUGCGGUCGCACAGCUCGCACACCCCUAAGGCCGGCCCUGGUCAAUCCCACAUAUUACAUGCAGGGCCGCCAUCAGAAAAUUUGGGGCCCAUGACAAAGCACAAGGUCUAGGCCCCCCCCUCCUCCCGGGCCUGCCCACGCCCUACCUAGUCCGCCCACAAUGAUGCAGGAGUGAAUGUGGUGUGUGUAUAGUGGAAGUGAAUUAGAAUGUGUGUAAUGGAUGUAGUGUUUGUGUGUAUUAGAUACUGUUUGUGCAGUGAAUGCAGAGUGUGUGUGUUUGUGUAGCGGAUGCAGUGUGUAUAGUGAACGCAGAGUGUAUUUGAGUAGUGGAUGUAGUGUGUGUACAGUGAUGUAGUGUGUGUUUGUGUAGUGGAUGUAUUGUUUGUAUGUACUAGAUGAAAUGUGUUUAGUGGAUGCAGUGUCUGUAGUGUGUGUAUUAGACGCAGUGUCUGUGUAUAGUGAAUGCAAAGUGUUUCAAUUUGUGGUGGAUGUAGUGUGUGUACUGUGAAUACAGGAUGUUUGUGUAGUGGAUGCUGUGUGUACAGUUAAUGCAGAGUGUAUGUCAAUGUAGUGAAUCCAGAGUGUGUGUCAGUAUAGUGAAUCCAGAGUGUGUGCAUAGUUUAGUGAAUGCAGAGUGUGUGUUAGUGUGUAGUGAAUGCAGAGUGUGUCAGUGUAAUGAAUGUAGUGUGUGUGUUAGUGAAGUGAAUGCAGAGUGUGUGUACAUUUGUAGUGAAUGCAGAGUGUGUGUACAUUUGUAGUGAAUGCAGAGUGUGUGUACAUUUGUAGUGAAUGCAGAGUGUGUGUACAUUUGUAGUGAAUGCAGAGUGUGUACAUUUGUAGUGAAUGCAGAGUGUGUGUACAUUUGUAGUGAAUGCAGAGUGUGUGUACAUUUGUAGUGAAUGCAGAGUGUGUGUACAUUUGUAGUGAAUGCAGAGUGUGUGUACAUUUGUAGUGAAUGCAGAGUGUGUGUUAAUGUGUAGUGAAUGCAAAGAGUGUGUUAGUGUGUAGCGGAUGCAGAGUGUGUGUUAGUGUAGUGAAUGCAGUGUUAAUGUGUAGUGAAUGCAGAGAGUGUUAUUGUGUAGCGGAUGCAGAGUGUAUGUUAGUGUAGCGGAUGCAGUGUGUGUGUUGUGUUAGUGUAUGCAGUGUGUGUGUUGUGUUAGUGUGUGUGGUGUGUUGUGUUAGUGUAUGGUGUGUGUGUUGUGUUAGUGUAUGCAGUGUGUAUGCAGUGUGUGUGUGUGUUAGUGUGUGUGUUGUGUUAGUGUUUGCAGUGUGUAUGCAGUGUGUGUGUGUGUGUUAGUGUGUGUGUUGUGUUAGUGUAUGCAGUGUGUGUUGUGUUAGUGUAUGCAGUGUGUGUUGUGUUAGUGUGUGUUGUGUUAGUGUAUGCAGUGUGUGUAUGUUGUGUUAGUGUAUGCAGUGUGUGUUGUGUAAAUGUGUGAUCUGAGGGGGAGGAAGGGGCAUUUUAACAUUAAUUUUCUAUUAAAUUAAUUAAAUGAUAAUCCCCCCUCCCUGCUUACUUGUGUCCAGGGAGGGGGGAGAUUCCAUCCCUGGUGGUCCGGUGGGGGGGCCCCCCGGCUCCCUGUUACCGCAGAGGGGGCCCAGGCAGCACACAGCUUCUCCUCUCUUCUCUCUACUAAUAACUCUCGUGAGACCCGGUUACCAUGGCAACGCUCCGCGGGUUUCGCAAGAGUUAUUAGAAGAGAGAGGAAAGGAGAAGCUGUGUGCUGCCUGGGCCCCCUCUGCGGUAACAGGGAGCCGGGGGCCCGCGGCUGCACACAUGGAUCGCGAUAUUCGCUAUCUAUGUGUGCAGAAAGGGAAAGUGGGGCCCAGGACUGCCAGAGCAGUCCGGGCCCCCUAGGGCCGCCGGGCCCGUGACAAGUCACGGUUGUCACCCCCUGAUGGCGGCCCUGAUUACAUGUGCUGCGUAAGACUGCUCCCCAAAUAGUCCCUACUUCAGCAGAACAGUCCAGAUUUUGACCCAAUAAAGUUCCCUUGUGUCCAGCAUCUGAGGACAUCAGGUAAGUGACCACACAUUUCACAGCGAGAGCGUAUCAUUAGACGCACUCAUACUGUGAACACGCACUAGGGCCUGCAUGGAAUUUGAAUGCUUCAGCAGUGCUCUCUGCAAGGUCCAUCCAUUAUGGACAUCGCCAGUGAUUCGUAUCACUGGAGAUGUCCGCCUGAAGGCCCACCCACCUAUACUGAGCUCAUACCUACCAUUGUUGAGAGGUAUGAAAUAAAUCACAUAGACGUGUAGGAGUCAAAAAAGAAUGCCCAUCUUGGCCAAAUGAUGCCAACCCUCCCAUGACCAUUAUCAAUAAUGUGUAUUGAAGAAAGUGACCUUGCUGCAGCACAACAUAUAUGGAGGUUCAGAACACUAGAUGUAGGAACUAUGCUGUCUCCUGCUCAAUGGGGGAUGGGAUCCCGAAUUCCUCACAAAGACCUGAACAGCAAGUGUGAGCCAGACUUGGGGAAGAAAUUGCCAUUGAAUAGGGCAUCAAGAACAAAAAUGGGUUGUAGUAAUAGCAGGCUCGGGAAUGAACAACUAUUCCUCCAAAUGUGUGCAUUGAUAAUACAUAUCUUAUUUUCAGUUUGGGCACAGAAUUCAGAAUUCUUUCUUUUUUUUUUUUAAUUAACAAAAGAUGAACACAGUCAUAAAAUACAAGGGAUGGCUGCUUUGGGCAUUUUUCAAAUAUGCACCUAUAUCCGCUACAGGUUCCUUUUAAUAAUGAAAUAGAUGCAAUAAAAUAUUUAUGAAACAAUUUGUGCCUCAAUUUUCAAUGUGAGCCACGUUGUCAUACUGCUUUGUUAAGAUUUUUUUGUAAAAAUACGUUUGAACAAAAGUCCAUUUCCUUUUCUAACUCAAUGCCAAUACCUGAUAAUGUGACAUAAAGUUUAAUGAAAGGACUGUAUUGCACGUAGCAACAAGAUAAGAAAUGUUAGGAGCUGGAAGAGUUAAUAAGGAGUUAAUUAUGCCACAUAUCCACAGUCACCUUUGAGAAAUGAGGAUUUAUUCCCCCCCCCAUAAAUGAUGUAUUUCUUAUACAGAUCGUAAUUCUAUAAUUCUGUUUAAAAAAAAUAAAAUUCUACCUUGGGCACAGCAGCUUUGGAAACAUUUCAGGGUUAUCCUCUAAACUUGACGGGAACUGAUAACUAUAAAAAUUCCCCUUUCUCAUCUAUGUUCCCAAGUUGAAUAGUUAGACUUAUUUUGGAAUCUACUUCUCAAUGUUAUACAUAUCCCCAGUUUAGUGAAUGAACUUCAUUAUUGUACGCAACUCUCCCAGAAUGCAAUGUAACUGAAACAAAUAUGCACAGAAAACACUCACUUUUUUUUGAUUUCCAACUCACAUUGGUGUAGGAUGCUUUUUGCAAUCACCGGUUUUAUAAUGGAGCUCUAUAUUCGUUGGUUAGGAUCUCCAUAAAUCGCCUUCCUAUGGAGUAGCCUGCCUACCACCAUCAGACUGUCCCGUAGUAUUCAAUCAUUUAAAAAAUGCCUUAAAACCCAUCUCUUUAGGAAAGCUUAUGGCCUCCCAGAGUAACCUCUAUCUCACAUCCCUGUCUCUUUCUCUCUCCUAAAGGGCAGCACUCUAUUCUCUCCUCCAGCUCUGCUUCACUCCCACCUUAUUUGAUUGCUAUUAGCUGUCCUAAUGUGUUUUACACCCCACCUCUUAUAGACUGUAAGCUCAUUUGAGCAGGGUCCUCUUUUGUAAUUGUCUCAUUUAUUAUUAAAUCUCCCCACCCUAUAAUAUUGUAAAGUGCUACGGAAUUUGUUGGCACUAUAUAAAUACCAAUAAUCAUAAUAGCCAGCCAUUGACUGCACCCCCUUUCCACAUUUCUAAAUAUGGCAUCCGCUUUGGAAUGGUGAAUGUAGAACACCGUAUAGAGGAAGUCCAAUGGUGGCCAAUUAAAUACGCUCUUUUAAUCUACAGUAUUUUGUACCAACAGCUUAGUAAUGAAAAAAUCUAUAUUCAUCUUUGAUAAAAUCAUGAUAUCAUUGCUCUAUACACCUCUCUAAGUUCUGUUACAAAUUGGAGGUGAACGGACGCUUUUCCAGUGGUUAUUAUAUGCUUCUAGUUAGGUGUGAUCAUAAUUCACAUCUGUGAUGAAUAUUCGUGUCAUUUUGUCCAUGUUUUAAUGCUGUCUUUUCCAUCAACUGCAUUUUCUGCUUAUUUAAUAUGUAGCUUUGCAAGUUAGCAUAUUUUCCUUUCUUAUCUCAGCAAAAGAUUUGCCAAGAGGCAACAUUUUGAAAGCGUAAUUGUAUGUGAUUGAUAAGCCAUGGACACCACAAGGCAAACUGUGCAAACAUUUAUUUAUUUUUUUCUUGUCUGUGUUGGCCAAACGAUUAACAUUUUCUUUGCGUUUUUUGUAGGCUCUGGAAAAUCAAAUACGAAGCAGAGAUAAUGUAAGCUCGGGCACAAGUUUUGCAGUGCAAAGUCUGGACAAAAAACAUCUUUUCGACAUUGGGGAUCUACGCGGUCGAGUGGCAAGGUCAGCAUCAUUUGCAUUGCAUCUGACACUUUGGUUUUGUGAUCACAUAAUUACCAGUAUUUUUGUUAUAGUCAACAAAUCAGUUACUCUGAAACUGCAAAUUUCUGAGAGAAAAUAAGUAAAUACAAUUCUAGACAUUUUGCAACUAAUAUACAAAAACAUCUUCGGGUCUGUUACAUUUCACAGUCUGGUGAAUGCGGAAUGCUGGCAUAUCUCUAGAAGCACACUAUAUUGUCUCCUUAAAACAUAUUGACACUAAUCCGAAAUAUGAAGGACUUGCAUUUUACUAGUCAUGAUUACCUACUAAUCUAAAUGGGGUAGGCAGGCAUUAUUAAACUUGGAAAGACUCUAAUAUGAAAGAUUACAUACAUUUUUUUUUUUUUUUUAUUGUGUCAAGCCUCCAUUAUGGACCCCAAGUCUGGCUCCCUCCUAGAGCCCUGGGCUUUGUGUUUGUGAGUGGUGUGUGUUGACUGAGAGUCGAUUAUGUGAAAGCAUGUGUAAAGGCAGAUGCUGGAGGAUGCUGAGAAUAGAUUGGGGUGGGGGGGCUGACAGUGUAUAUGUGUAUUUUUGACUGAGUGUGUCUGUGUAUAUGUCUGAGUAACCUUGUGUAUGUGUGUCUCUGAGUCUGUGUGUAUGUCUGUGUUUGAGAGUGUAUGUGUGUGAGGUAGUUUUUUGUGUAGGAUGCACUGCUUGUGGGCUUUGUAUGGGUGAGGCUGUGUUCCAUGUGUGGGUGGUGACUGUGUAUGACCAUUACUGUUGUACAGUGAGUAGGAGGGUGGGGGGUGAGUGUGACAGGGUUGAGAAGUGAGUGUUACAGGGUUAGUAUGGCAGAGGGGUAGUGAGUGUGACAAGGUUGAAGGGUGAGUGACAGGUUUAGUAAGUGUGUGUGACAGGGGUAGGGGAGGUGAGUAUGAUGGUGAAGAGGUUGAGGGGUGAGUGUUACAGGGUUAGUGUGACUGGGUGAAAGAGUGAGUGUGACAAGGUUAGCGUGACAGGGUGAGGGAUAAUGAGUGUUACAGGGUUAGUGUGACUGGGUGAAGGAGUGAGUGUGACAAGGUUAGCGUGACGGGGUGAGGGAUAAUGAGUGUGACAGGGUUGAGGGGUGCGUAUUAAAGGGUGAGGAGUGAGUUUGCAAAGGUUAGUAUGACCUGUGAAGUGGUUGAGUGUUACAGUGUUAGUGUGGUAGAGUGAGGAGGUGAGUGUUACAGGAUAGUGAUAGGGAGGGCCGGUGCGAAGAGGAUUUUGGCGCCAAAAGCAUCUUCAUCUGUGUAUCUCUUAACCCAUAUUUUGUUUCUUAUCCCCUUUUUUAAAUGUCUUGCCCCCUUUAGUGUAUCUUAUCCCCUAUUUUUCCCCAUCCGGUGUCUUACACCUACUUUUAUAUCUUACAAACCCUCUUUGUGUGUCUUACUCCCCCACCCUCUUUGUGUGUCUCCUUCUUUUCUCCCAGCCCCUCUGUGUCUCUUUUUUUCCCUCUUCUCCAGCCCCUCUGUUUCUUUCACCCCCACCUUUUGUAUUUCCACCCCAGACCCUUCUGUGUGUCGCUUUCAUCCACAGCCCAUCUGUGCAUCUUUCUCCCCACUCAGGCCCCCCUGUGUGCCACUCUCCCCUUUAUUUCCCUUACUGUUCCUCUCCCCCCCUUACCUUUCUUAAUGCCCCCCAAUUACUCUAAUGUUCUUCCCAUCCCCCUCCUUGGUGUUCCUCUCACUUCUCUUUUAGGUACCCCCUAACCCCAGUGUUCCUUUUCCCUUUCCUCCCUGUACCUUAGUAACCCCCUUGUGUUCCUCUCCCCAGUGUCCUUCUCCUCCCUCUUUUUGGUGUUUCCCCCCUACUUCACAUAGUGGUCCCCCCCUCCCCUCUCCCACUUAGUGUUCUUUACCCUCCCCUCCCAUGGUGUUCUUCUCCCCUUCCCCUCUCCCAUGAGUGUUCUCCCCACCCCUCUCCCAUGGUGUGUGUUCUCCCCCCUUCCCCUCUCCCAUAGUGUUCUUUCCCCCCCCCCUUCCCUCACCCUUGUAGUGUUCUUCCCCCCUUCCCUCUCCCAUAGUGUUUCUUUCCCCCCUUCCCUCACCCAGUGGUCUUUCCCCCCUUCCCUCACCCAUGAGUGUUCUUUCCCCCCUUCCCCUCACCCAUAGUGUUUCUUUCCCCCCCCUUCCCCUCACCCAUAAUUUCUUUCCCCAUUUCCCCUCACCCAUAGUGUUCUUUCCCCAUUUCCCCUCACCCAUAGUGUUCUUUCCCCAUUUCCCCUCACCCAUAGUGUUUUCACCCCUUUCCCUCUCCCAUAGUGUUCUUUCACCUUCCCCCUCCACCCCAUAGUUUUCACCCCACCCGUCCCCCAUAGUUUUCUUUCCCCCCAUAGUUUUCUCUCUCCUAAAGGGCAGCACUCUACUCUCUCCUCCAGCUCUGCUUCACUCCCCCCAUAGUUUUCUUCUGCAAAUUGAGCUCAUUUCCCAUAUAUUUUGACCUGCUAAAUUUCAAACUCCAUUUCAACUAGCUUUUUUUAAAAUAAUAUUACAUUGACCCCCAAGUUUGAUAAAGAGAAUAUUUUUUGUAGCUUGACAGCAAGUGGAAAGACCAUAUACAGAUUUUCUUGCUUAGCAAAUUGUUGAAUGGUUUUCAAGCAGGUAAAUUAAUUGCUGGCAACAGAGAAAAGAGGUAAUUGAAUAAAAAGCAUAUUAAAUAAUCAGUCCAGCUGACAUUUAUUGUUGUGACAGAAGACUUCUGCUAAGGAGGCUUGACUGCAGAACUGAACUGUUUUAUUUUUUUUUAAUUUAAAAUAAAUAAAUUUGGAUUAAUUUAAGACUGUGAUGUUGCCCAUUUUAUUUUGCAUUGAUAUUAAAUGGAGGGAUGGGAUGCAGAAAGAAUACAUCAUGGCUUUUAGCAGUAUAAUGUAACUUUAGCCAGUGUUUAAAUAAGUUUUUGAGCGUAUGAGAGGUCUGAAAAAUAAAAUGAAUAUAGAAAUCUGUACUAAUGUAUUUACCUGGGUUAGGCAGGCUUUGACACUCCAGGUGUUGUGGACUACUAUACCCUGAUGCUAUGCCAGCAUUAAGGCUGUAAGCAUUAUGGGAGAUGUAGUCUAGUGCCGAAGACCUGUUCUGUCUUAUCCAUCUUAGCUCCCUGUCAGUCAUUGAUGUAAACUCUGCCUUUUGCCUUUUUGUUUUUUGUCAUUUACCAUAGAAAGAGGAGGAGAACCAAAAACUUACUCUCUUCUUUUUUUUCUGGAUCUGAACUGGUUUGUGAAUUCAAAUAUUAAAUCUUUAAAGGGGCACAUAAGAUGUUAGAAAUAAAAAAACAUGUAUUUCUAACGUUAGAAUAAUCUUUGGGCUAUUCACACUUGUGGGCCCAUCUGACAAACUUAAAUAAACAGGUUUUUUACUUACCUUUAAUCCAUUGCUGUGUCAGUCUCAACAAGGCUGGCUGAGAUCACCAGUGACCAUGACAUCAGCCAAUUCAAUGCAUCCAAUCAGCAACUCCUCCUAGAGGUGUAUUGGCUUAAUGCAUCUAUAUGUGGAACAGUAAGCAUCACAUGCUGAAUGUCAGAUAUUGCCACACACUAUAAGGAAUAACCUCUAGUGGUUGUUUGAGAGAAUGCAGUGUUAAUAUUGCUGAGCUUGCAAGAACCGUUUCACUGCACCGUAACCACUUCAUUAAGCUGCAGGGUUUGUGGUGCUUAGUCUCCAUUUAAUACACAUUUAAAAUGUGGAAUCACAUUAUAAGUAUUAUUAUAUUAUUAUUUAUAGACAGUCAAUUGCUUCACAAUUUUAAUGUGAGAAUAUACUAGCAAAUACAAAACAAAUAGUACAAAUGAUAACAAGAAAAAAGAUUAUUUUGAGGUUAUUGAGGAUUCAUUUAUUUUUAAAAGCUUAUCCAAAAAUAUUAAAUCCAGGCCGUUGCUAGUGGAGAGGCAGCAGAUAGAAUUAAGAAAUAAGCCUAUAGGAUUGCCUGAAGAGAUGACUUUCCAGGGACUUCUUAAAUGACUGAAGUGAUAAAAAAAGUUACAGUAUAGGUGAUUUUCAAUGGUUUAUUCUAUGGUAUAAAUACCACAGUACUGACCGUUCCUCUUUAAAGGGACUCCAUAGUCCCCAAAACAACUUUAGCUUAAUGAAGCAGUUUUGGUGUAUAUAUCAUACCUUUGUAGUCUUACUACUCAAUUCUCUGCCAGUUAGCAGUAAAUCCCUUUAUUUAUGCAGCCCUAGUCACACCUCUCUGCAUGUGACUUACACAGCCUUUCUAAACACUUCCUGUAUAAAGAGAUCUAAUGUUUAUACUUCCUUUAUUGAUCAUUCUGUUUAAUCUAGAAUGUCCUGUAUUCUACUCUGUUAAAUCCUUUGAUCACACACAGGAGGUUCCUAUAUAGUCUAAAAGUUCAAUUUACAGAACAGGAAUAAGUUAACUUCUGAAAAAAAAUUUUUUUCAUGCAGGUUGUGUAAAUCACAGCCAGGGGAGGUGUGACUAGGGCUGCAUAAACAGAAACUAAAGUGAUUUAACUCCUAAAUGGCAUAGAAUUAAGCAGUGAGACUGCAGGGACAUGAUCUAUAUACUAAAACUGCUUCAUUAAGCUAAAAUUGUUUUGACGUCUAAUAAUAGAAUGUAAUAAGAGACUAUGACUUUAAUGUCACUAUAAUAGGAUAUGGCUCUUAUUAAAUAAUGCUACAAUGUAAAUGUUAUGUAUUGGAUCGCAGGUGUGAUGCUAGCAUCGCAAAACUGUCAGGAGAUAUGGUCGCAACUAAAAAUGAGAUUCAAGCACAAGAGCGAGAAAUCCACAGCAUGAAUGCAGCGUUAGAAUCGCAUAUAAAGGAGAUCGAUAUCAAGGUUAGUGUGGUUGAAUGAAACGAGGGAGGAAGGCAGGGGAAAUUAAACGGAAUGAGAAAUAAAUCAAGACCAGGAAAUAUAUGGUUCCAAAAAAUGCUAGUCUGGAUGUAUUUCUUUUAAAUAAAUAGCUUCCAUGGAAGCAGAGUUGUAAGAGUGCACCCAUUCUUCAGAUUAAUGAUGUGUGUACGAUCACAGCCCUUGCAGCCAUAUGUUACAUUGUGUGUGUGAUAUUUCUUUCACAUAGUGAGGGGGCUGAGUUUACAUUUCUUCUCUAAAACCUCAUUCUUCGUGAUCAGAUUUUAAUUUCACUUAUAGUACAUUUUAAUUUUUUUACAAUGUUCUCUUUUACUAUAUACAAUGUAAAUAUGCUGUUUUGCAAAUUAUGAUAUUUUUCAGUUUAUCUGUCCAUCCUAUCUGUCCUAACUUCCAAGGUGUUCAGAUUGUUUUAAGUCGCUGUCUCUAAGAUAUCUUUAUCUUAUUCUGUUCUAGCAGUUUCUUGGCAGUAUGCUACCGCAGAGUGUUACUUUGCCAAACAGUCUAUAAGCUGAAAUAUUGAGUGGGGGAAGGGAAACACCACGGACACACAACAAUGCAUGCGCACACACACACAAUCCUAGGCAGCUUUUGCUAGGCACAAUCCUAGGGUCACUAUUCCCUCCUAAAAUUGUGUAAACAUGUUUUUAAUUUCUCUUUCUUUGUAAAAUGAAAUUUAAUCCUUAAAGCCUCUCACCCUCAUUUAUACUCCAGUAAUGGGUACCAGCCUGUAGAUGAACACAUUUCUCUGCUAGGAGGUAAUGGCCCUUUAUUUAAUGUCUGCAAGUUUGCUGAAAAUGUCAGCUACCUUCUCCUUCCAAAUAAAAUGAAAUACAGGACAUUUCAAUGUGUCCUAACAUUCCCAUAGGCAGAGAGGGGGAGGACUGAAUUGGCUUUCCCAUUUUACUGCUAGCAUUCUAUUGGCAUUCUAGAGAGUGAUAAAAAUUUCUAUAGAAUAUUUUAAUACCUUUAAUUUUGAAUUAUAUGAUUUAACUGUAUUUACUGUUUGUGGAUAUUAUGCUCAAAUGCAGACAUUCCUUAUACCAUCCGUUGGCUGUACUGCUUUUUUACCUUUUUCAUUUAUCUUUUUUUUUUCACACCUACUGUAUGUGAGAAACCGUGUCUUUUUGCGAACAAUUCAGAUUUUGCCAAGACUGUCCCACAUUUUGGAGACCUGUCCCACGGUCUCAGUUAUGAACAGCAAUUCGAAUCUGCCUGGUAGAUUUCAAAAAGCAGAAGGGGAUAGGAAACGCUCUAUGCAUCACCUUUCACAGAUGGGUCUGACCCCCUGCGCGUUUUGCGCUUUUUUUCCUGAACACCUCCAUCGUGCAUGUUGAGCAGGCUAGAUGGGCGAGUAUGCAGUCCCUGUGUAAAAUAUUGCAAGAUAACGCCCACUGUAUACCAUCUAUAGCAUUUCAUUCCCUGAAAAUGUUUAUUAAGUAUGAACAAUUUAGUGAAAAAUAAACAUUUUGUAACUUUGCAUAAUCCGAAUUUAUCUUCCUUUUGCUCUUCUCCCAUCAUACCAUUCUCAAGAGAGCGCUACAUUCGAACGGCCAAUACAGCAAAUAGCCACAUCUGGACAAUUGAUUUAAUAUAGCAUUAUAUACAGGACUUUUGUUUAUAAACGAUGAGUAUUGGCAGACUGACCGUCACGAUCUAUUGGUCACUACUUGGUUCUAAAGGAUACUAAACCAUAAUGUCAAUAUGGAUUUUUUUCAAAACUAAAUUCCAAUUUUGGAGAAUUGACAAGAAUGAACUAAUUUAUCCUAAAAUCGAUCAGUUAGAAAAUAAUCAGAGAAUUAUUAUGAAUUAUUAUAGGUUUUUAUUUUAGCAUGACUCCUUUGACCUAACAUUUGCAAUUUCCAUGCCGGUUGUCCACAAUUUCUUGUUUAGUGUAUAAAUCUACAAAGACCAUUAGUGUAGACACUUUGGUGUGAACACCUGUCCAUUUUAAGCACUUUUAUGACUGCUGCCAAUGAUAAAUGGAUACACAGGCAACAAAUGUGUGGAGAUCCCCUCAAGUUGUCACCGAUUAUAUGCCAAACAAUGAGAUCUGUUCACUAGUGAUGUUAACCAGACAAACGCUUGGAGUAAAAACAAGACAUCUAGCCCCUCCGUUAAAACAAAUGUUCCUAGCCUGCAGUGCAUGUCCUCUCCAUUCUGAAAGAGAGAUUUUUAAUGUGAUGAAGUAUUCUAGUUUGCUGCACCUUUAUCGUGAAUAUUAGACGUGGUGCACAAAUCCUUGUCACCUGAGAUGAAUGAAUAAAAUUCAUUUUAAUCUACUGCCCAAAAAAUUGAUCUGUCACAUGAAUCCCGAAUGGAUGGAUUUUGUUUGGGCAUAGAUGAACAGGAAUAUUAUUCGAUUGUUGCAGGUGUAAAGGAUUUCUGCACAAAUCUAAUUGGAUCAACACAGAUUCUAUAGAUUUUAAAUGGGUUUUUAUUUAGAAGCAGUUUUGAAGACUUUAUUGUAGGAUACACGUAGGCAUUUUCAUUAAACUGGGACACGUGGAGACGGACAAGUGAAUUGAACAUUUGUAGGUAAAUAGAGCUGUAUUGGGAAUAAAAACACCAAGUCGGUCAGAAUUCUGACAAAUUUCAAUUCAGACCAAAACAAAUCUCCAAGACUACUGAUAAAUUAAAAAAAAAAAGUGCUGCCCUACAUUAUUCAUAUGAUCAUGUUACAAGAGGGAACACAAAUAUUCAAGGUCAUUUCUACUUUGAUACAUUGAUUUAUCACCUGCAGAACAGGUAUUCUAAUUUUGGCAGGCAACACUUUUCAUGCUUUGACCAAUAUCAGUAAGUAAAACACUUACAUGUAACCACAACUGGUAAUAGUAAAGUGGUUAAUAUACAGUAGUAAACUGAUAUCUAAAUAAAAAAAAAAAAAUAAUCGGACUUCAUUCUUGUUAUAAAUAAUAAUUAAAUAGUUUCAGUGAACAGCAACAAAGGUGUGUGUGUGUGUGUGUGUGUGUGUGUGUGUGUGUAUAUAUAUAUAUAUAUAUAUAUAUAUAAUAUAAUUUCCAUUGUAUAUUUAAUGGAUUCAGAAUGUGUCUAUUUGUUAGAAUACCUGCUGGCGAGUGUUCUUUAUUACUCUUUACGAUUGAAUUGCUUAUUAUUAAACACCUGAUGAGUGAUUUCAAACUCGUGCCCCAACAGCGUUAAUAAUAAUGAACUUGUUUUCACUUGCUGCUUUCUGCUAAAGGGCAACAGCUCUCAAAUCUCUGUCUCAUUAGAGAUUUUGACUUUCAGCUUAAAGAAGUAAAGUGAAUCGUUAGUGUAGGACUCACCUAAGAGGUUUUGCCCUGACGUGGCAUAUGAGCUUACACUUUAAUGGCUAUGGGGAGUGAUCCUAAAAAACCUCCAGUUAUUUAAAUGUGCAUUUGGACUAGUGCACAGGUUUUUUUUGUUUUUUUUUAAAUUGAUUGAUUUAUUUUUUAUUGUAUGUAUUGGGGCUGAUGUAUAUUUUAGUCAUUGUUGCCACCCAAUAAUGGGAGUUUUAGCGCGAGGCUUAAUUUUGUAUGUUUGUAACUUUUAUCUUAAGCUUAAAAUAACACUUACAAAUUAUCCACUCUCCUUAUUGUUUCUAACACACCUCUGUCAUGUUUUACAUGAUGCUUUGUGUGGGAACCAGUGGUAGUUAAUACUAUUUUUUUUUUUUUGCAUGACAGUACCUGGCUAGCCUUGAUUUGCCGAGUGGCAUUAUAGCAUUUUACUCACUAUUCCUCACGACCAAAAAAAGGACAGCCUUCGGAUCAGAACAUUGUAACUGUGUAAUUCUAAUAUGAAGAAUGGCAAAUAUUUUACCAAUUUAAAAUCUGUGAAAGAUUCUUCAUUGUGUCUACAAUCAAAAUACAAUGGCUGCUUUAGUCAUUUAUUUUAUAUUUACAGAUUAUGUUGUUUAGAAUAUAGUUCUGUUUUUACGGAUGUCCUCAGAUCUCUUAGGGCAAGGAGUUUAUUAAGAAAUACAAUGACGCAGCACUUUCCUUUCCAUCACUGUGUAAGCCAUGCCUGUUUGUGAAAUCCCUGGCAAGUGUUAUUGCAAAUUUUGGUUUAAGUUCCAGUGAAUGUUUUCUCUCUCCUGAGUGCUCAGAGGAAGUGGUGCGUACUUAAUAAAAGAACUGAUGGACUGGCUUAACACAGUGUUCCCUGCUGAAUUUUUAUUAGGUAAUGCAGCUAUUAGGAAGGAUGGAGACUUCCAUUUCACAGCAAAGCAGCUAUACAAAGAACGCCCAAGGGGAACAACACCAUGAGAUUCAACUUCUAGAUUUCAAGUACGUAUUGUAAUUACAUUAAUGUUGCCCUAUGCAAAAAAUAAAUAGAAAUGCCUAAGACUAAUGACUUGGUUGGCAUAGAACAAGAAAUUGAUUCAAUAAAGGAAAUCUAUUCUAAACUGCAACAUAUUGACCACUCAAUAGAGGCUGUUUCACUGUUUUAAUAAAUUGCUACAAUAUUCCAUGCGUAUGGAUGCUACCUAGUACUUCGAAACAUUAAGAUUUAUGGAAUGUAUAAAAGAGGUUUAUUCAAUAGAUGCUAAAAUCCAAAAAGCAGCAUUUCAGCUUAAAUAAAUUCAUUUGGAAAAAUUCACCAACUUGACUUUAGGCACAACUUGGCUAUUUUUGCUCCAAUUUUGGCGUUAAGAUUUCAAAAUGCUACAAUUCAGAAAUUAGUAAAUUAAUCCAUCUGUGUAAAUUGUGAAAGUUUAAAAUAACGUAAAGCUUAAAGGGACACUAUAGACACCAGAACAACUACAGCUUAUUGAAUUUGUUCUGAUGAGUGGAAUCUUUAGCUUCAGGCUUUUUGCUGUAAACAAUGUCUUUUCAGAGAAAAUGCAGUGUUUACAUUACAGCCUCGUGAUAACUUCACUGGCCACUCCUCAGAUGGCUGCUAAAGAUCCUUCCUGGGUCAUGGCUGCCUAAAAUGCAUCCAAACAUUCAUUAUCUCCUCCCUCUGCAUGCAGACAUUGAACUUUCCUCAUAGAGAUCCAUUGAUUCAAUUCAUCUCUAUGAGGAGAUGCUGAUUGGCCAGGGCUGUGUUUGAAUCAUGCUGGCUCUGUCUGCCCCUGAUCUGCCUCCUUGUCAGUCUCAGCCAAUCCUAUGGGGAAGCACUGUGAUUGGAUCAGGCUACCACUUCUGAUGAUGUCAGCAGGCAGGUCUAAAAGAAACAGGGGCAGAGCCAGCAGCUCCAGUCUUGGAUACAAGUAAGAUUUCUAUAUUUAGGGAGGCAUGCGGGGACCAGGGAGGCUAGAUGUUGGUUUUAACCCUAUAGGGUCAGAAAUACAUGUUUGUGUUCCUGACCCUAUAGUGCUCCUUUAACUCUUUUUUAAAUGGCAAGUUCUACUGGCAGUAAAUACCAACCCCAUCUUAUCCCAUUCAUUUGCUCUCUCUCAUGGUUCAAGUGUUAAUGAGACAUCUCAGUGUGGAUUUAACCACUGGCCAUCUUUAAAGUGCCCAGUGGUUUCCCAAGUGUGCCGCUGGGACCUUCCCUACAGCAGUGAUCAGUGCGGCCUUUGCACUGGGACUUCCUUUGCGCUGUCAGAGAGCCGAGUGCUGGAGAGAGAAUAGGCAGUCCGGCCGGUUACAGGAAACAGAAACUCCUGUUCCGCGCGGAGUUUCUGUUUCCUGUAACCGGCCGGACUGACAGGAAGUGCACACUCAGUGUGCACCUUCCUAUCACUCCGGCCGGCCACCGCGGACCGGAGUGCAGCUCGGCCACAGACUCUACUGGGCUACCAGGGACAGGACACUGACUCACUGGGCCUCUACCUAAGAAAAGCGGUGGGAGAACAGCCUCCCCACACACUGCACACGCCUCUCUCGACUCUUUCAUCACUGCUACCCGCACACAGUCAGACACAUCACUCACAGCUACCUACACACAGAAACACAUACAAGUCACAACUACACAUCACUCACAACCACACACACAUCACUCACAGCCACACACACAUCGCUCACAGCUACACACACACAGAAACACAUUUGUCACAGCUACAGACACACAUAUCACUCACAGACACACACACAUCACUCACAGCUACACACACACAGAAACACAUAUUUGUCACAGCUACAGACACACAUAUCACUCACAGACAUACACACAUCACUCAUAACUCACAGCUACACACACACACACACACACACACGGAAACACAUAUUAGUCACAGCUACAGACACACACAUCACUCAUGGCUACACACACACAAAUACACACAUCACAAACUGUUACAAACACAUAUUAGUCACAGCUACAGACACACAAAUCACUCAUAGCUACACACACACACACACACACACACACAGAAACACUUAUUAGUCACAGCUACAGACUCACUCAUGGCUACACACAGCCACACACGCAUCACUCAUGGCUACAAACACACAGAUACACCCAUCACUCACAGCUACACCCACACAUAAACCCAUAUUAGUCACAGCUGCAGACACACACAUCACUCAUAGCUACACACAGACACACAUCACUCACAGCCACACACACAUCACUCACAGCUACCUACACACAGCAGCACACACCAGGCACAGCUACCAUUAAACAGUCACACAUAUUACUCAGUUACUUCCACACAUCCCUCACUGUACCCACGCUCAGCAACACACAUCACUUAGAGCUACUAUGCUUAUAGCCACCAUAAGCCUAAACACACAGUCACCACACACGCGUACACACAAACACACCCUGUCACCUCACACACUGUCAGCAAUACAGAGCCACAACACACAGCUUGUGUUACUACACUACAAUAGCUACAACACUUAUAGCCACUUUACAUCUACACAGUCUUUGUUGCGUCAUGCACAGCCACAACACACACUCGGUCAGCCAUACACUUCACAACACUCAUUUCAAGUCACUCUACUCUGUCAAGUAGACCGCUGCUAGAGGCAUAUUGAACCCUGCAAUCGAAGCAUUGCCAUAUCUACUAAACAGCAUUGCUUUCCAUCGCAGGGUAAAACUAAGAGACCAACGCCUCUACACCCCGACCACUUCAUUGAGAUGAAGAGGUCUGGGUGCUUUUAACUACGAGCCUGAGGUAGAUACUUUCUCUGUCUGCUGUUACAUUAGGCCAAAAUGGUAUUUAUGGUUUAAUUUCCUAUUCCAGCCUUUCUUGAUGACUGAUAAUAUUUAAUGUUUUGUUUGGGGGUGGGUGGGAGGAAUAAUGGGGUGUCUAACUAUUCCAUGCCUACAGGCACCUGAGCUGGAAUUACAGCCCUGAAUAUUGUUUAAGAUGAAGAGCUAUGAUCCUUGCAAAGUAACCGAUCAAUGUAUGCUAAAAUAUAUCCAACGUUUAUUUUUCACGGUAGCUCAUCCAGUAGCACUUUUCCAUGAUAAAGGUGGAUAUUGUUAAUACAUACUGUAUAUAUUGAUAUUUACUUUCUAAUUGUGGUUCUCAGGCUUAGCAGUCUAAUUAAAGAAAUUCAAGAACAAAUUCAAAAUCAGCGGAGAUGGACCGAGUCUCAGCUACAGAGAUCUGACCAGGAGCGCGUUCAGAAUGUAGACCAUCUUCUCAGUUCCAUGAUGGAAAAAAUGGUGAGUUCAACUCAUAGCGGUCCUUUCUUCAGAAACGCUUUCACCCAAAGGGUUUUUAGUUUUUUUUUUUUUUUUUUGUUAAAAUGUAAAAAAUUCAUUAUUUUUCAAAAUAACUAGCUAGACAUUUUACCUUAAACAACCUAAAUAUGGGUGAGACGACAAGGCUGGAGUUACAUAUAUGGUGCCUGUAUGGACAGAUAUCUCAGGCGUACCUUUCGCCUUUGCUUGAUUCAUAAUUUGAAGGACACAAGACAGGUGGGGGAAAAAAUGCUAUUACUAUGUAGCAAAAUUAAAUGUUCUCUAAAAAUAUACUUAAAACUAAACCAUUUGUAGUCAGGGGAGGGGACAGUCCCUGUAGAUAGACGCUUACCAGCAAAGCUGGCCUGGGCACAGGGAGACCAUCAGUCCUACAUUAGGGUGUGCCUGGUUAAACCUAGGACACUUUGGGCAAGUCUAUGGUAAUAUAAAAAUUGUACUAUUUUAUGAGGUAUUACAUGAGGUUACAUGGUCAAAUCUCUCUCUGUGAUUGGGAAAUGUUGGUUAAUUUAUUCUACAAUUCUCUGUGACCGUGAGGUCACCUGCCAGGGUGAUGUAAUGCAACUAUAAACCGCAGUUAUGUUAAUCUGAGGAGGGAAAAAAUAAAAAUAGGAGCAGAUUAAGUGGGUAUGAAGAUGGAAUUCUCAAGAGUUAGAAAAUGUUACUUUACGGAUGGGACAGAAGUAGUAGACAACUGGCAUAACUUACCAGCGGAAGGAGCAAGGGCUGAAAUUGAUAUAGGAACCUUGAUUAGAUUGACUUAUUAAAACAUCACUGUUACUAUAGUUACACUAUAAUGCUGAUGAUUUAUAAAUAUUGCAAUGUCACUGUAUCUCUUUCUCAUUUUGGAAUCGAGUGUUAGAUAUACGGGUUAUACAUUUUAUUCACACUCAAUGUUGUGUUAGGUGUAAAAUUGGAUAUUAAAAGAAAGCUCUUUCUGUUCUUUAGCAAACAAUAUAUAAUGUUAUAUGGGUACUUAAAGAGAACCCCUGAAAGGGAUACUAUAGUGCUAAGAAUACAUAUCUGCGUUCCUAGCAAUAUACUUGUAAGGUUUAAUAACCUAUACGGAUUUUACGGACGCUGGAUGUCUUCAUGCAGACAGUCCUAGUAUCGCAUUGUAAUUACAAUUCUAGGGUUAAGGGGACAGGGACAUUACACCCAGACCACUCUCAAUGUACUGAAGUGGUCUGGGUGACUAUAGUGUCCCUUUAAAUUACUGUGGACUAAACACUAGGUUUUGUUUUGGUUUCGAACUUGGAGAAUUACCUCCAUCCUUAAGGGGUAAAACCAGCUACAAUGAUUGUUAAUGUCAAGUAAAAAGAAACACAUAAAUAUAUAAAUGCAUAGAUAACUGUUAAGAAGGCAGAGGAGAUGAGACCUGUCAGAGAUUGGCUACAGGAGCACGUUGGCAGUUGAGUAGAAGCAGGGAAGGGCUGGCACAGGAGCAGGGCAGUGAUUGCAGUGUGUAGCUGUAAAGAAAAUGCCAACCGACCCCAUAACAAACAUAGAAUACAAUAAAACACUUUGCUUGUUCAGUCGCCACAUUGCUGUGAUUCACGAAGUUGUAGAAAUGCCUGCCCUUAACCCCUUAAGGACACGACAUGUGUGACAUGUCAUGAUUCCCUUUUAUUCCAGAAGUUUGGUCCUUAAGGGGUUAAAGGGACAUUGUAGCUCAUAUAACCAUUUUCAAGACUGAAUAAGGUUGCUUUAUCACUAGCCCAGGCAGCACAGCUGCGUACUCUCUUUAAGCAUUAAAACUGGUUUAACAAAAUAAGUGCCAAUAAUAAUAACACUGAAUAAAUGUAUGGUGGCGAGGGACCCAAGAUACUAAAACCACUUCAUUGAGCUGAAGCUGUCACGGUGCCUAGAGUAUCCCUUUAAAUACAAAAUUCAAUAAAUCAUGUUCUGUUUAGUUUCAGAGCUGAUGUGAGAUCAGUAGAAGAUCUUUUCUCUCUGUCAAUCGGAUUGGCAGUCUAACAGAUCUCGGUACAAUAUGAAUUCCUCAGAAUGUGCUGUCACCUAUUUAAGCUUUCUAAAUUUAAAACCAUGUAUUUUACAGGAUGCAACAGAUACCAAGUUUCAGGAGGCUUUACAUCACAUUACCAUACAAAUAAACGAUAAGGAUGAGUUGCAGAGACUGGAGUCCAAGCUCGGCCGCCAGAAACAGGCCAACAACAAAAUGGCGGCAAGAAUGAUAAAAUCCCAAGCAGACAUCUGGGAUGAGUUAGAGAAUAUGAAAAGUGAAUACAGAGCAGGUGAGGAACAUUGCUUUGUGUUGUGCCAGACAGGUUAAAUAUCGAAAUUAUUCCGAGUAGUUCAUAGACCCGGUCUUAUUAGCUGGAGCCUGUUUUUAAAUGUUCCAUACGUCUAUCUGUCCACACACUGUAUCGUUAAGAGUAUUCGUGCCUUGAAUUAAAAAAAAAAAAAAGCAGAACUUCGGAAACUCUCAAAACUGCCAGCAAGGUCAAUGGUGCAUUUAUCGGUGAGAAAUAGUUCAGAAAUUUUAUACACCAAGAGCAGCGAUGCAUUUUGGGCUAAGCAAUUGAUCAUAAGCUAAUCAUUCGUCAUAGGCACAUUAAACUCAAGAGGAUUGAGUGCACCUGCUAGAAAGUACAUUAAACAGUAACAAAUAAAAUAAGACUUAUUAUAACAACCUUCAAGGACUUUGUAACUUGCCCUGUAAAUCUUGGAUUCCUGAAAACAGGCUCCUUUUGCCUUAACAAGCUGCACACCAAGUUAAAACAUUCAGUUAAGGAACAAAUCACUCAAUGUGUAUUUCUAACUCUUUUGCUGCCUGGAAAUCGAGAUACAUUUCAUAGUAUCUAUAUACAGCCACAGGGAAAAUAAAGUACAGCCUCUUUGAAGUCUAUGGCUUUAUAUAUCAGGACAGAUUAACAAUAAUCUGUUCUUUAGCAGGUCUUAAAAUUAGAUACAGACAACCUCAAAAGAAUAACAACAUAUGAGAUGUUACACCGUGUCAUGAUUUAUUUAAAGAAACACUAAAGGGCCAUGAACACAAACGUAUAUUCCUGAUCCUGUAGUGUUAAAACAAUUUUGAUAGCUUGUCCUCCCUUAGCCCCCUUAAAAGGAAAUAAAACUCACCUUAUUUUCAGCAACUUGCAGGUCUGCCGAUGCUGGCCCGGCCUUUGAUCUACCUCUUUGCUGAAACCAUCAGAAUGUAUUUCAGCCAAUUCAAUGCUUUCUAAUAUCACUAAGUCAUCCUGUCACACUCACACCACUCACCAUGCAACACACUCUCACACUCUCCACCCUCACCAUGCGACACACCAUGUCACACUCCCUCACCCUGUCACACUCCCCUCCCUCACCCUGCCACACUCCGUCACACUCACCACCCAUCACCGUACCACACAACCUGUUACACUCUCCACUCAUCACCCUGCCACACACAGUGUCACACUCACCACCCAUCACUCACACUCACCAUCCCUUACCCUGCCACACAACCUGUUACACUCACCACCCAUAACCCUGUCACACUCACACCCCUCACCCUGUCACUCUCACACCCCGUCACCCUGUCUCACUCACCAUUGUUCAUUCUGACACACAACCUGUUACACUCACCACCCAUCACAUUGUCACACUCCCCUCCCUCACCUGCCACACUCACACGCCUCACCCUGCCAAACACCUUCACACUCACACGCCUCACCCUGCCACACUCAUCGCCUCACUAUGUUACACUCCCCCAUUCUUACCUAUAAUACCUACUCCUCAUACCCUGUCACACUCACACCCCUCACCAUGCAACACACCCUGUCACACUUACCACACUCACUAUGUCACACUCACACCCCUCACCUUUUCAAAGUCACCUGCUGAAAAUAGUCUUCAUAAUAAAGUCGCCUCCCGCACAGCCUCACCAUAAACACAACACACAAAGACCUCAAGCAGCCCCCCCUUACACACAACACAAUAAUUUCAGAAGCCUUGGUGGCUGCUGGGAAGGCCGGGAGAUGUCCCACCAUGCACCGGCCGCCUGCACUUUAUAGAAUAAAGAAGGGGCGCCCAACUGAAUUCUUUCCCCCGGGUGAAGGUGAAUGUGUAGCUUAGCCACUGGUGCGGUGACUCCACUCCCUUUUCCACUUUUAGAACAGAAACGAUUUUAUACACAUCCCAAUAGUUUAUAAAUAGUUUUACCCAAGAAAAUGCCACAUUUAUCUGAAGGCAGAUUUGGUAACGCUUACAUGAGAGGGUAUAAAUUGCUCUAAACACAGCUAAAUGCCUUUUUAGAUGUGUUCUGUGCCUAAAGUGGUUCUUGUCAUUUGCUAAUAAUGUGGUCAUAAUCUUCUUUAGUUAGGGGAGUAUUUUGGCAAAAUAUGACUUUUUUUUUUAAGUAUAUCCCACAAAAUCCCUCCAUUUUCAAAAUCCAUAAAUCUGGUUUAUUCAAAUCGCCUGUCUUCAUUUAGAUUAACGUGGGGGUGGAAGGGAAAUAAAAGGGUGCUGGUAUUUUUAGUGUUAUUAGAAGAAUAGAACUAAUUUUUAUCUAUUCCUGCUUUCAGCGCAUGUACACAGCGAGUCGCGUAUAAUGUGUUGGAGGUUUUAUGUUACGGUGAUUAAUUAAAAUAUAAACCGCAUCAUUUUUUUUAUUCUUCAACAGGAUUUCAAGCAAUACAGGAAUCUCUCAAUUCCCUCCAACUAAUACAAGAGUCAAAGGUGAAAUUGGAAACUAAAAAAGUCCAAAAAGACAUCAAGCAAAUCCGGCGCAAGAUGAUUGAGCUGAAGGACAUCUGAGAAUUUCUGCCAAUUUCCGUUAACUGUUUGUGGUGUGUUACUUUACACAAUGGAGUCACUGGAAAUUAAAUCAUGAUUUUCUACAUUCAAAGCAGCACAAUUUUGUAUUUGUGGCUAGAGGCAACGUUGUGGCAUCGUUUCUUGACAACUCCCAAGAUGCUGCAGGCCUACCGCCAUACUUCAUUUAUUUGUGAGUGCACAAGAGGCCAAGAGGGGUGAUAAAUCUCUCUCCUUGCUCGUUAUCGAGACAAUCUGUGUUACUCUGAGACUCUGUAGGUCCAGAUAUUACUUUUUUUGAGCCUGCUAGUCUGCGUGGUAGAGGCAAUGUCAACUGUUAAGAUGGAGCAAAGAGUUGGAUUCCACGAUCCAGAAGCCCGACUGCAGACAUUAUUUGUUAUGGCCAUUUUGUGCUGGGG